GACUAGCAACUGGACAGUCGUAGAAGUCGUGAAAGCAGAAACUUGGCACACUUUGCCGUAGUAGUGGGUAGUCUGACGCUAGCGUAAGUGUACGUCCGGAAUCUUGUAGAGGAGUCAAGUCCGAGUUCGAGUUCUAAAUAUAGAAUGUCUCGUGAUGGCCAAAGUUCGUCGCACCUCAAAGUUCAUCACAGGUAGCUGUCGCACCUGUUAAAAUAAAUUGAAUAUGGCUGGCUGACCCAAAGAGUUACCCACACACGAUGCUUUAAGAGUUAUCUACCCAUGCUGCCUUGAGAGUUAUUCACCCACGAUGGCACCAAAACUAACUGCUGAGAUUUAUAAUCGGUUUGUGGACUUGAUGCUAAUAGUUGGAAUUGAUGACAACACUGGCUUGAUAUUGGUCAACAAAGACCUAGAGAAUGACCGGUUUGAUCAGACCCUCCAGAACAUCUAUUACCAAGAAUACGAUGCCCAAGUUCUGGCCGCAGUUUCAGCAACGAAGGCCAUCCAUUUCCACCCGGAACUCCAGGAAGACCCCUUCUACCCGCCCCUACAGGUUUCUUCUCUAGAUAGCUCCGGAGAGCACGUGAUGCACUCGAUUCAGUUGGAGUCGAGAAUCCGGUCGCAGAGUUUCACGAUGAAGGAGAAGAAACGGUGCAUCACGGUGAGUGCGGAGGUGAUGAAGCGCCAUCUGUCGGAUAGGCAGUCCACGGCUAUUGGACAAGCAGAGCUACCACUGUCAGUCGAGACGAUACGAUCCGUGCCUUCUUUCUGUUUCCCAGACCAUGCUAAGGUGUAUUGUCAGAAGCCAGACACGCACGUCCAUUUCCUCGUGUUUACUGACGACUACGGGAGAAAGACAUACGCAACUUGUAUCACGUUCUACAAGCCAUAUAUCAUUCAGAAGAAUUUUGAAACAAAGACCAUUGAGAUGAGUCUUGAUGUGAAGAAUUCCGUACCUAUGUCGGACGAAAUCAAAGGAUAUUUACCACAGUGCUGCGUGCUGAUCUCAAAAUAUCCGUAUUUCUACACCAUGAAGGAGUGUCUGUCAUGUAUGGUUGAACACAUAAACCAAGACGUCCAGGAGAUGUUCACAUUCGUGAAGGACUACACUCACUUGUUGACAAUGGCUCCCGUCCCCCCGGCAGGCAAUGUGGCAAUUAGACUGAACCUAUUCCAUCUGAAGAUCGACCUGUACCCGGCCGACUGCCCGGAGAAGCCGGUGGUGGACAUCCCGCUCCACCUCGUCUUCCUCUCCUUCUCCAUCGACGACGUCCUCACCAUCUUCACGGCCAUCGUCACCGAGCAGCGCAUCGUCUUCCUGUCCUCGGCCUACAGCCUGCUCACCAUCAUCAUGGAGAGUUUUUUGCACUUCAUUCAGCCCUUCAAGUGGAGAUACACCUACGUGCCGAUCAUCUGCCAGACACACCUAGACUUGUUGGAGGCACCAGGCACUUUCAUGAUGGGGUGCCACGAAAGGCACUCGGAGUUAGUCAAACAGAUAUGUGGUCUCGUUGUUGUGAAUAUUGACAAUGGCACUGUGAGCGUUAAUGAGGAGACAUUGCCAAACUUUGAGAUUGUCACGAAAUCCAUCCCCAAGUUUCCGUCCGAACCCGCACUCCUCUUCAAGAAGGUAUGCAAAAAGAUCAAGUUUCAGACGGAACUGACUGAUGUCCAGAGACCGUUCUCUUAUAACCCAGAAUCCGAGAGAGAAUACCGGAUGAAGAAACGUCAGCAGUUUAACACGGAAAUUACCUUUGCCUUCCUCGAGCUGAUGGUCAACCUUUUCAGGGGAGUGCUGUCUGAACUACGGAUAGACCACCAGUUGUUUAACCAGGACGACUUUAUGCGCAGUGUUCCUGAAGAAAGUAAAGAGUUCUACAAACAGGUGUUCCAGACCGACAUGUUCAAGACGUUUAUUCAGGACCGACUAAACGAUAAGUCUGAUUUCUGGUCCGACUUCGAGGCCAAGACCAGACAGUACGCCAGGAGAGUCAGUAACCAGGAACCCUCAAACAGCGCGCCAGUGCGUACUCAGAAGCGAAAACUGAAGAAACAGGUUUCUGUUUCGGUGUGGCCGUCAUCCCUGCUGCAGAGGGAAUUCCAGAUAUUUAAACUGCCAACCUUGAACGACUCGGCCCAGUACAUUAGUAUGUGUGUACAACUUCUCACAAAGGCUCUUCAGGAAUGUCGUGACCUUGAACCGCGGGCGUCAUACCUGUAUUUGCGUGGAAUGUUCCUCGCCGCAGACGGGAAACUCAGCGAGGCUCUUGAAGAUCUAUACAGUCUGUCAUCUACUAAUGCACGACUUCUAGCUACGGAAUCAGUUCAGAAACUGUUCAAGCUGAUUCCGCGAGAGCACCACGCGGCGGUGCGCAGUCGGUGCCGGUCGUUCAACCUCGAAGUGAUGCGACAGACGUCGCAGGACAACAACCAUCUAGCCUCCACCCGACUCCGCACAGACUCCGUGUCCUUUCAGGUCAAGAUGCCCGAGACUGACCUAUCCAAGGAGGACUUUGUGACGAUGGUGAGUGUACACUGUAUGGCGGAUGACUACGACACGAUAUGCCGACUGUUCAACUCGCUAAUCAAGUUGGAUGGAGAUAUGUUCGUGGACAAACAGACAUUUGAGAGUUUCGUCUUGUGCUAUAAAGAGAAUCAGCACCUCUGUCAAAACAUUAACAUCAGCCACGGCAAGCUACAGGACCAGGAGUUCAUACUCUGUCUGUCGCAACUCAUCAAAACAGAUUUUGGCACUGGCAGAAUCGGACUCACUGACAAAAGGCUGUUCUUCCUGAAAGACGUGUCAAAUGCUUUCAAGGAAAUCAUAAAGCUGAGAGACAUCGCACACAUCGAGAUGCUACAGUCGAGGACAAUUCUCAACAAAGGAGAUAUACUUGUCAUAAAGAAUGAAGAUGGUUCUAUAAAGUUCACAGCAUCGUUGAAAGAAGAAAGAAACUGUUGGUACAUGCUUAUCGAGGAAAUGAGAUCAGGCAAGAUCGUUGCCGAGGCGAUGAAAGAUAUCUCCGCCAUUCAUGAAGCAAUGCUUAAUGUCCUGUUGGUGAAGGCUGUAAUACGCAUCAAAGAAGAUCUUGCCCUUCCACCAGAGUCGAUACGGUCGGUUGCCAACAAUCUCUGCUAUUUCACGGACUAUGUGAAAAAUGACCGACACCGUUUGCCAUUAAGUACCAUACAGGCCCUGCAACACAGAAUUGACCCAAAUUUUGGCGAGCAUCAGAAGCAUACUGUGGAAUAUCUCUUAUACGUGCCAGGAUGCAACACAGACCAUGACAACAGUCGACCUCCACGACUCUGGUGUUGUAUGAGUGAUGGAAAGAUCAAGGCGUUUGAUGCAACCAACUGGGAACUUGAGACUAGUGUAAUCCACACGAAGAAGGCAGUGACUUGUAUGGUUGCCGUCGGCAACAAGCAACUGUGGGCAGGGUCUUACGGGAUCUUUAUCAUCGACACGGAAACGAUGACCUGCAACAAGACUCUGACAGAACACCGCGACCUCGUCACAGGCAUUCAGCUCUCGAAAGACGGCAGGUACGCAUAUUCCGCGAGUAUCGACGCCGUGAUUAUUAAGUGGGAGAUCCAGACCCUGAAGAGCGUCGAACAGAUCCAUCUAGAAAACGUCAAGUGUCUUCGAUCGCUCAAACUGCGAGACGACAAACUGUGGUGUGGGACCUGGCAAGACAUUGUUGUCAUUGAUUUCCAUGGUAACCAGAAACAGUUAUUUCCAUUCAAGUAUGAGCCAAGAGAGCAAAGCAAAAUAUCACAAAUGAGCUGUUUUGAAAUAACUGACAAUGAGGUGUGGGCUGGGUGUCGUCGUGAAGGUCUAUUGCUUGUGUGGGAGCGAAACACGGCUCAGCUCAAGUCCACGAUACAGCUUGAUUGCAUGGGGAUCAGCACCAUGCUUCUGUCGGAGAAAAAGCUCUGGAUUGGCACUAAAGGAAAUCAGGUCGGCCUCAUCUACAUUUACAACACGGACACGCAUGAGCAGUUUAAACAGCUUCAGGCCCACGAUGACUCGGUUCGCUCGCUCUGCUGUGCCGAACUCCGCUAUGUCAUGAGUGGUGCAGGCAGUAAGGAUGGAAAGAUCGCUGUGUGGACUCCAAAAACGUUAGAGGAUUCGGACAAAUUCAGCGAACCUUCCGCAGGAAUAGUGUGAUGUUGAAACGUCAAGGCUUCGGACUGCACCGAAGUCAUGGUGAUAAACGUCGUUUAUUACCCACCCAGUGAACGUCUGAAUGCGUCAUAUAAAUUUUGUACUAAUCUGGUGGUGUGUAUUAUUAGCAAAAUUAUGUCAUUUAAGGAAGUGACUUCAUCUUCUCUGGUGUACUAUUAGCAAAAUCACAUCAUUUAAGAAAGUGACGUCAUCUUCUUUGGUCUAAGCUGUGUGCAUCCGCAUGUCCUGUUGAGUUAUUGUCAGAUUUAGCAUUAUUUGAUGGUGGGUAAUAAGUAAAAUAUCACUCAUGUUUUUGCUAGAUUAAAUAAAAAAAAAAAAAACCUUGUGAACUUCCCAAUGUAUCAUACCUCACAUUUGUUCGAUCAGAUACUAACAUGGGAAGUUCACUCAUUUCGUAAAUAUUUUAUCUAGCGAAAAUGAGUGUAGUAUUCUUUAUGUAAUAUGCACAAAAUCAAAUCUUUCGCCACAGAGAGAGUGUGAUACUAAAUAGUUCAGGCUUUGGAUGUCAGUAAAGUCAUCGACAUAAAUGUUGUGCUCAAAAUACAUAUACACAAAAUAAUCAUGCCCAUAGUAAACAGGGGUGCAGAAAUGGAACAUAUUUCACUAGGCCACCGGGCCAUAACCAACUAAAAUUUACUAACAUACAAUAAUUAAGAUAAGAUAAGAUAAGAUAAGAUAAGAUAAGAUAGAUAUUUUGACAACACAUUAUUAAGAACACCUGGUAAGUGAUCAACAUCACAUAGCAAACAAGAUCAAAAAGACAGACCACCCGUCAGACUGAUAGUUGCAUUCUUUAACUCGUCCGUCAGAAUGUUUACUCGCAUUUGGUGAGUGGGCGAGUACUUUCUGCACCCCUAGUAAGUACAAACAAGCUGACCUCAGAUAGUGCCAAUUUACACCUCGGAAUCACAGAAAUGUUAAGCAUUAAUUAGAUUAUGAUAAUGAGAAAUGCAUUUGUGAAUAAAUUGUUUUCAAGGUAUUAAUAAUAUCGAUGUGCCAAAAAGACUUCACUGUGAUUAAUUUCUCGCUCCAGCCAGUGCUCCACGACUGGCGUAACAAAGGCCAUGGUAUGUACUAUCCUGUCUGGGAUGGUGCAUGUAAAAGAUCACUUGCUGCUUAUCGAAAAGAGUAGCCCAUGAAGUGG